AUGUUCUACAAACGAGCGCCCAAAGAUCUUGGAACCUGGGAGCCAGAGUGUUCAGGGGCAGAAUCUGCGUGCAACAACGCCUGCUACUAUAUCCAUUGUAUGGGAGGCAACAAUCCCGAUGCCAAUAAAAUUACAUAUCUUGGGAAGAGUCGUCACAAUGAGAACAAUAAGAAUCGCCACGAAUCCGGGUGCAGGGUUGACAAUCCUCAAAGUACAAGUGUCUGUGGUGCCUUUCCGUUUAGUCAAAAGUUCAGUGACCCACUUGCACGGAACUGGGAAUGCGAUGAAUGGCCACCAGCAAGUGCCAAACAGGAGCUGUUCAACACCCCGGGUAGACUUCCAAACAGUCUGCGAUGCAUGACCCCCCAAGAAAACCAGUCUCUUGGUGGACGACUGAGCGGCUACCUCAGAGCCACGGGCGCGGACCGGGAUGACUUUUUCCGUGUGGACUUCAAGAGAAGACUUGCGUCUGCGGACCAAUCCAAAGUCCAGUACUGUCUACCGACACCUGACUGCGGUAACGAUGCGAAGCAGUUUCAACUGGUGGAAAAACCACAUGUUGGAGGAAGGAUCGGUUCCCCGUACGAAGGUACCAAAAAGGACAACAAGUACAAACUCUCUGGCACAGUCUUCAAGGAGCUAUACCAAUGCAGCGUCAAAUUUAUUCGGACUGGAGACUCGUACAUCACCGACGCCAAGGUAACAAACUUCGACGAGAAAGACACAAAGGUGGCAGAUUUCAAAUUACCCAACGACGGAGCCACGUUCAAGAUCAAAGGCUUGCCACAUGAUCUGCAAGUCAAACGCACAGGCCCUUUCGGCUCCAAGUUGGAAUUUGCUUAUGCACCGGGAACAACCAAUGUCAAUCACUUCGAAUGGGAUUCUGAAAUGGAGGGUAGCGGACGCGGACCCUUUACCGACGGUGGAAAACCGAGGCGAUUCUGCAGGGCCGAGCCCGUUGCGAAAACUACCAACAAAGAAGUAUUCAGUUGUUGGUUUCCAUGCUACAAGAAUGCAGACGGGAAAUGA